AUGCCGCGAUCCGCGAUAUCAACAUGCAGCGCCGCGCUGGCAGCCCUGCUAGCCAUUGCACCCUCACCAGCGUCGGCCUUUUACUUCCCAGGCACCGCGCCAACUUCGUACAAGACCGGCGACGCAGUUCCGUUAUACGUCAAUCGCCUGACACCCGCCGAUUCGCAGAACGACCCCAAGCUACGAUCCGUCUUCUCCUUCGACUACUACCAUCCGCCCUUCCACUUUUGCCGUCCAAAAGAUGGCCCCAAAGAAAUUCGUGAGAGCUUGGGAAGCAUACUGUUUGGCGACCGGAUACAGACGAGUCCGUUUGAGCUGAAGAUGGGCAUGAACGAGUCGUGUAAACUGCUCUGUGAGGCGCCAUAUCCGGGCAAGGACGCGGCGUUUGUCAACAGCAGGAUAUACCAGGGCUACGACCUCAACUGGCUGAUUGAUGGGCUGCCUGCAGCACAAUCACUUAGGGAGCCGGGCUCAGACCAGACCUUCUAUCAACCAGGCUUCGCGCUGGGUCUUGUAGACGAGGACCAGCCCAUGCUCAACAACCACUACGACAUUGUCAUCGACUACCACGAAGCAUCGCCGGGGAACUUCCGUGUCGUUGGUGUGUUGGUAGACCCAUACUCGGUGGCAGAAUCGAAGAGGCAGGGCGACGAUGGGGCUACGUGCAAUGGACAGACACCGGUCAUUCUGAAAGAGGGCGAGGCUGAUGAUAACCUGGUCGUCUUCACGUACGGCGUUUACUGGCGACCAAGUCCGACUCCGUUUGCGACCCGAUGGGACAAGUACCUACACGUAUACGAUCCCAAGAUCCACUGGUUCUCUCUCAUCAAUUCGGCCGUCAUCGUCGUCUUCCUCGUCAUAAUGGUCAGCACCAUUCUCGUGCGCACCCUCAAGAAGGACAUCGCGCGUUACAACCGUCUGGAUCAGUUUGCGCUCGAGGACUUUGGGGAAAGCGGCGACGGCGAUGAUACAGCGGAUGACUCUGGCUGGAAACUCGUACACGGCGAUGUAUUCAGGCCACCGAAGAACCCGCUGCUUCUGUCGGUUUUGAUUGGCAACGGAGCUCAGCUCUUUGCCAUGACAGCGUUGACUAUAGUAUUCGCGCUUCUCGGCUUCCUCUCUCCUAGCAACCGCGGUGCUCUUGGAACCGUCAUCAUCAUUUUCUACACGCUCUUCGGUUUCUUCGGAGGCUACGCCGCGGCACGUACCUACAAGUUCUUCCAUGGCGAGUCGUGGAAACUGUGUUUCUUCUAUACCCCGGUAGCUCUACCCGCCAUCGUCUUUGGCGUCUUCUUCCUCAUGAACCUGUUCGUCUGGGGUCGCGGCGCAUCCGGUGCUGUGCCCUUCACCACCAUGCUCGUAGUUGUCAUCAUCUGGUUCGUCAUCUCCGUCCCGUUGAGCGUCGCUGGUUCCUGGCUCGGAUUCAAGCAAGCCGCCAUUGAGCCACCCGUGCGAACAAACCAGAUCCCACGCCAGAUCCCACCUGUGGGAGGCUACCUGCGACCUCUUCCUUCCAUGGCCCUGGCCGGUGUACUUCCCUUUGGCGCCAUCUUCGUCGAACUCUACUUCAUCAUGAACUCGAUCUGGUUCUCAAAGGUCUACUACAUGUUCGGUUUCCUGUUCAUCUGCUUUGGACUCAUGAUCAUUACCUCGGCGGCGGUCACGGUACUCAUGAUGUACUUUUUGCUUUGCGCGGAGAACUAUCACUGGCAGUGGAGGUCUUUCUUCACUGCUGGUGCGAGUGCGGCGUACGUGUUUGCUAGCUGCUUGCUCUACUGGAUCAAGGAUGUGAGCUGGACUAGUUGGACAAGUGGUGUCGUGUACCUGGGAUACUCGGCAUUGCUGAGUUCGCUCGUGUUCAUUCUGACUGGCACCAUCGGUUUCUUCGCCAGCUGGCUAUUCACCCUUAAGAUUUAUAGAUCUAUCAAGGUGGACUGA